ACAGAGCACACAAAAAAUAAAUCCAACUGGAAACUGGACUGGACUGGACACUGAACUUCCUGUUUCAGGAAUGGCGGUUGAUUUAACUCCCCGAUUCAGAAGAUUGAACAGUCAAACUAGGAGUUUUCGUCUAAAUGGACAAGCAAUGGGUUCUUCGGGUCCCUUUCGGGCCACACAGUUAUGGCGAAAUAUCAUCCAGGCUCUUCAGGCACAAGUGGAGGUUCGGCGCAGACGACAGCACUUGCGGGUCCACAACGACUGUUUCACCGGGGCAGACGCUGUGGACGUGGUCCUGAGCCAUCUCAUGCAAAACAUUCUUUUCAGCUCAGCCGAAGUGUCUCGCCUCAAGGCGACCCGCCUGUGUCAAGCCCUGAUGGAAGCGAGGGUGUUCGAAAAGGUGGGAACGAAACUCUUCCGUAGGGACAGGGAGACUGCGUUUGAGGACAGUGGUCACAGUCUGUAUAGGUUUGUGGAUUGCAAUGCACUGCCUGGCUCGGGGAAACGGGGCACCGACUUUGAGAACUGGAGUCCGGAGGAGCACGGGUGCAAGAAGAGGCGAGGCUCAAGGCUGGAAGAACUGAGGACCAUCUCCAACCCCUUGGCCAUGGGCUCCUCUGACCGGCGCGUGGAGAGACUACUGGAGACCAUCAACCUCCACCCAGCACUGCCCUCCACCACCACCCUGAAGCAGCCCCCCUCCACCACCUUCCUCUCCAAGAAGCUGGUGGAGGACGUGUGGCGUCAGCAGACCCUCCUGCUCCUCCUCCAGGUGGUGGAGCUGCCUGUGCUGGACUGCAUAUUGGCCACGCCCCCCAGAGCAGACCCCGCCCACCCCGCCGCCGCCGCGCUCCGUAACCAUAACGACCUGGUCAUCUCCAACACCUGCGUGGAGAGGGAGGUGUCUCAGAGCCUCAACCUGCCCGAUUCGGACAGCUGGCUGGCUGCUGCCAGUGAUUGCCUGGAGCUGUUCCCGGAUCAGCUGAUCGUGACGGUGGGCGAGCAGCUGGCCGAGCAGGAGAAGCGCUCCUCCGUCCAGGAAGCGGAGAAGGUGGCCAAUCAGAAGCGGCUGCUGUUCGAGGCCGUCUCCAAGUACUACGGCUGUCAGGAGAGGCAGCCCCUGCUGUCUGGACGCUACCUGGACGUACACGUGGCCAUCCUCAAACUACUAGACUCUGGGCGGCGUGAGGAUGCCCUGCGUGCCAGUCAGCUGUGUAUGCGUCUGCUGAGCUCCAGCAGCAGAGAUGAGCUGCGCAGACUCCUGGCCUUCAUGACUGCAGCUGCAGACCCCGACGCAUGCCGCCUGCAGAAACAGACGGAGAAUGGGCCGCUGGUGUGUAAGACGUUCCUGAGGGCAGUCCUCCAGAGCAAAGACAUGACACGGCCUCAGAGUGAACAGCUGCUACUCUUCCUCAUGGACAACCACACUCAACUCUUCAAGACACCCAUAUCCUUGAUUGAGUCAGUGAGGAAGGUUCUACAAGGCCUACAGCAGGGAACAGAUCCUGGCAGCGCACCAAUGUUCCGGUUCUGCCAGCAGGUGUCUCUGCACCAGUACGAGAGCCAGCGGGAGCAGGCCACCAUGGAGAGCCUGACCCAGCUCAUGCAGCACGUCUCCCAGAGCAACCAGCUGUCAAUCAAAGACAAGAAGCGCCUCGUCAAGAACUUCCAGAAGCAUCACCCCGCAGCCUUCCUGCAGCACUUCAAGUCUACUUGA